AUGAAAAAGGCUGAAAUGAAUGCAGGAAGAAAGAACAAAGCCCCCCAACCAGCAAGAAAACUGAGAGUCACAUCAGCACGGGGCCCACAGACCCAAACCUUCCUCACCCAAGUACUGGAUAAGGGAAAGUUUCACAAGCUGGGAGACACACUGAGUAUUCCAGCAGGGGAAAGCUUGAACCUCAGGUGCAAAGGGAAUCCUGUGCAAUGGACAGUGCCUCAUUACCUGGAAGAGGAGAAUGAGGGCAGGCUCAGCACUGUCCAGCACAAGCAUUACAGCUCCCUGACCUUAAGCAAUGCCACAGGGACAGACACAGGGCAAUACACCUGCUACCCUAUGUACUGUGAAGACAAAGACUGCAGGAAGGAAUAUAACAAAGCUAUUAAGGUCUUCAUCUUCUUUCCUGACCCCCAUGAGUUGUUUGUGCCAUCUGCGGAGUAUUAUGAGGUGAUUCAGCUCCGAAGCAACCGACCCACCACUUUGCCCUGUCAAGUGACUUCUCCUCUAGCCAAGGUGACAUUGCACCGAGAGUUUCCCCCAGAGGAGGUGCAGGUGGAUGGGUCAGAGAUCUCCUUUGAUGUGAAGAAGGGCUUCACAAUCCACCGCCCCAGACCCCACCAUGCUGGUGCUCUAUUCUGCGUGGCCAGUCUGGGUGGUCUUCGGCAGAGCUCCACCAAGUACUUGCUCAUCUAUGUCAACUACCCUAUGUCCCCUCCAUCCCCAAAGAUUCAACUCUCGUCUUCUUCAGUUCGAAUUGGAGAGAAUUUGCAGGUGUCCUGCACCGUGGAAGGAGAACUGGAUGUAGAUAUUGUUUUCACUUGGGAAUUCCCUGGGCAAAAGCUUGGAAGGCCACUUUACACCCAGGACAGCAUGCGCCUCAUUCGAACUGGAGGUCAAGAUCUCCAGGUGUCAGAGACCUUGCUCCUUGUGGAUGAGAUAAGGGAUGUAGACAAGGGAACGUACACAUGCACCGCCCAAAACUUGGAGGGCUCCCGGUCUGUCUCCACCAUGGUCAAGGUGCUACGAGCCAAAACCAUUUCCAAGGCUAAGAAACACUAA